ACCAAACCAAAUCCUUCAAAAUCAAAAUUCGAAUAUUCCUUUUAUUUUUCCUGCUUCUUCGUCUCCUUCUUCAAUCUUUCUCCGUCAUUCAGAUUUCAAGGAGACAGAGACAGGGAAGAGGAUUCGUGAAAGCAAAAGGCGUUAAAUCUCUUUCUUUAUUUCCUUUCUUCUAUCUCUCUCUCUCUUUUCAACCGGAUCGAUAGAGAAGGGAGAUAACGAGAGAUGGAGAGAGAAGGAGAAGCAACAAUCGGCGUUGUUCCGGCAAAAUCGGCGAAUCCGAGAUAUUCUCUGAGCUUUUGGGAGGUCACGGCAGCUUCCGGCGUCGUUUUAGGGUUUCUAGUGGGACUUGUUUGCGUUUAUCUCACAAUGCCUCAAUCUGAUUACAGCUUCCUCAAGCUACCUCGUAAUCUCGAAGACCUUCAGAUUCUUAGAGAUAAUCUUGAGAUUUACACAAGUGAUUACACAGUUCAAGUUCUUGUUGGAUAUUGUCUGGUCUACGUGUUCAUGCAGACAUUCAUGAUUCCUGGAACAGUGUUCAUGUCAUUGCUUGCUGGUGCUCUCUUUGGAGUUUUCAAAGGAAUGGCUCUUGUUGUCUCCACUGCAACAGCUGGUGCUUCCUCUUGCUAUUUCCUCUCUAAGCUCAUUGGUAGACCUUUAAUCUUCUCGCUUUGGCCCGACAAACUAAUUUUCUUCCAAGAUCAGGUUGCGAGAAGGAAAGAUGGGUUGCUGAACUAUAUGCUGUUCUUGAGACUAACACCAACAUUGCCUAACACUUUCAUUAAUGUUGCUUCCCCAAUUGUUGAUGUUCCUUACCAUAUCUUCUUCCUCGCUACAUUCAUCGGUCUGAUUCCUGCUGCAUAUGUCACUGUCCGGGCUGGGAUUGCUCUUGGAGAGUUACAGUCAUUAGGAGAUCUCUACGAUUUCAGCUCGAUGGCAACUCUGUUUCUCAUCGGUGUGCUCUCUGUGACUCCAACCCUGAUUAGCAAGAAAAAGGCGUAGAAGAAGAAGAAGAUCAAUGGAAACAUAAGACAAAGCCUUCUCAUGCAUAUGAUGAUGACGAUGAUGAUGAUGAGAGGCAUUUCAAAUGCCUCCUUGUGUACAUAUGUCAUUUAGAAUGUAUUAGGACCAAUUUCAAAACCCACCUGUUCUCUACAUGCUUUUUUUUUUUUUUUUUUUUUGUAACUCAAAAUGUACUAGAAUAAUACAUCUCAAAC